AUGCCUGCCGCACGCAUCAUUGGCGAACGCAAGGGGCAUUACUCGCUGGCUCCUGUGGAGUUUAUCUCCAUCUUACUCUUCGCUGAGGAUAUGUACGACGCUGGUAGACACGUACACGAUGAGCCCACUCGCAUGGCUGACGGAAUCAAAGAGCUUCGUGUGCGUCUCAGACAGCAAUUUCCCGGCGUUCUCAAGUCCAACAAGUCCGUUCUGGGCUAUGGACUGUCUUUCGUGAAAGGAUGGAUGCGUACUAGAAACCCCUUGCAUGACGAGGAUGUCAAGGUACCAAAGACUGAACCCGACACAAUCGAUGCCGUCUCCCGCGUUGGUAUUGCGGGCAAGCAGCUGCUUGGGGCCAAGACGAAGAAGAUCGCCAUCGAAGAAUCAAGCGUCAUUGACCUUACUCUUGACUGUGCGUACCCGAGCUUGAGUACAUCCAAUCUUCCCGCUCAUUGUGCAUCAGGAUCGCACUGA